AUGAAGUCGAAGAACCCCUCCUUGUUGCUGGGAGACGCCGAGGGACUAGGGCGAAGGCACCGCUUUGCUCUGAGAUGUUUGAUGUGCCCUGCAGCUCGUUUGGUGCACCUGGACCCCGGCACUGAGGAGGCCCAGGAGCUCCGGAGGCUCAUCGUGCAGGAGGGGUUCGACUCCAUGGACUUGGCCCGAGGGCUCGAGAGCGGGUCCGGGACUCCCGAGAGCGAGUCCGAGCGGGCUCUUCCGGCCAUUGGAGCGCAGGAUAUGGUGGAUGUGAGGAGCAACCUCACCUCGCUGCUGCGACGAUCGGAUGCCUCUGACGGGCGGCCCUUGGCGCGGGAGGAGCUCGACGAUCAGAUGCGGAACAUGGGACGGCGCAAGGUGAAGCGCCCUGGGAUGGUUUUGCAAACCUUCUACAUGGCAAGCAGGCUUUCAGAAGAUGGAGUUGCUGCAUUGCGACUGAAGGGCGGGAGCGGCGAAGAGGAUCCGACGCGAAGAGAACAGGUCUUCACACGCAGCACUCAGCACCUCGCACCGGAUACCGACAGCUGCGCUGCGGCCAUCGAAGGGCUUUUUGCCUGUGGAGCUCAGGAUGCGGCUGAGUUGAUCUAUCGCAAGUGCCGGGCAGCAUUCUUACCCAAUCCUGCCCUCUACGCCGCCGUGAUUUUUGGGCGCUUGGGAUGUGGUGAUGGUCAAGGGGCUACCGAUGCUAUGCUUGAUAUGCAUGCAGCUGGUUUUACACCCCAUCAGCGCUUCAUUUCCCGGUGCUUACGGUACAUGGGACCAUUUCACCAGCAUGGCUUGCUUUUGGUGGAGCGCUUAGGCUUGCCGACGAUGUGGCAGAGGUUGCUUCACAUCUUGAUUGAGUCCUGUCACAUGGCAGCUGACCCUGCCAGCGCUGCCUUGGAGGUUUACCGCUUCCUUUGUGAGAAGCAGUUGGCACCGGAUUGGGAGACCACCUUUGCCAUGCUGAAGGCCUUGUGUGGGUUACCAACUGUCAAGGAAGCGAUCCAAGAAUUGGAGCGCUAUGCAGAUCAAGAAGUGCUCCCUCGACACUGCGGCUUUGAGAUGCUCUUGCGCGAAUGCUUUGGCCUAGCCAAUAGCCGCCACCGAGCCCUAUUGAUUAUGGACAGCCGACGUUCCUGGGUCGAGGAGGUGGCAGCAACUGUGAGCUUUGGAAGCUAUGAAUUGACGCACAUGACGGCCAUGGGUCGCGAGUUACGACGCCACGUGGAGGAAGAUGAAGGGUACCAUGAGCAGGCUGACAGCCUCGAGCGGCUGGUGCUCAAGUUGGAGAGCGGUGAGGUUGCACUCAAGGACGAAUGUUUUGGCUCCUCCUGCACAUUCAGAUGGGUUCUGAAUACGUACUGUGCUGCUUUACCGCUACACCUCGCUGCAAUCCAUAGUGCCCAGUAUGUGCUUUGGCGCUACGGCCUUGUGCGGUCCGGAAAGCAGAAGGAGUUGCUGCAGGAGGAGUUGGACCAAGCCUUAGCAGCGAAGCAUAGCGACAUCGCCAUGGAUCUUCAUCGUCGCUUGGGAGUGAACUGUAGCUGCAGCCAGCUCUAUGGCCCUUUGCCUGCUUUGGAGGGCCCUUUUGAGCCGCUGUCUUUUGUCUUGCUCCUUGUGAUGUGCUUCGACCACUUGGAGGUCGUUGAGGGGACGCAUUUGCGGCUGAUGCGGAUGCUCUUCCGCGCAUUGCCCAACGGCUCCCGCACAUUGGCACCAAAGCAUGUGGACUUUAUCGAGCGCGAAGCCUAUCGACUGGCGCCAGCGGUGUUAACGGAGCUGAUUUCAAUGUGCGAGGUCAAAGUCGAGGUCGAUGUGUCGAUCGGCUCACGGCCCUUCAGCACGGAGGAUGGGCGCAGUAGAUUGGCAGAAAUUGUAGAGAAUCACUACUUGAAGCGCGUGCCCGGUGAAGAGCCCACGAAGCUGAGUCACACGCUGCGCUUCGUCCGAACGCACCACCUGGCGGAUCGCCUGGAGGAAGAGGUGCUCUUCUUGCCGGUGAUUGGUGCUCUCAAUGAUGGUCAGCCGCAGCAUGCCUACAACCUGGGUGAAGGUGAUCAUUUACUGCAAUUGCGCAUGGUCUCCUUUGCUAUCCGCAAAGGCUUUCGCUUGGUCGCAGGGCGUUUGGUCGAUCGCUUUGGUUCGAAGGUGCUUUCGGCAUUGGAUGCAGAGGUGCCUGGCUGGAGUUGUGAAUUUGGAUGCUUCCAGGAAGAGUGUGAGGCAUGUGUUCAAGAAGCCGAAGAGGCUGAAGAGAAGGAGAUCCGAGCUGUGAGUGAUCGGAAGAUCGCAGCUGUGGAGGAGGAUGCCAACUCCUUACAACUUCCACCAGAAGUCGCUGAGCAGAUUUUCUUCGUCUCCAAUAAAAGUGAGCUACAAGAAGUGGAAGACCGUUUAUCAGAGAUGCUUCGUUUGAACAGCGAGGGUGAUGCUUUCACCCUACUUGCUCAACCAGGGCAUGCCGUAGGAUUAGACGUGGAGUGGCGGCCCUUCCUGGAGAAGCGAAGUGGGAUGCAAAAGCAUCGACGAAGUACUGCCUCCAUGGAGCCCUGUUCCACCCUGCAGUUGGCAGCGGAUCGCUAUGUGAUUGUUUUCGAUCUUUUGUCACUGGCGCCAGCUGGCACUCCGUGCGCCAAGCAGUUGUCCAACCUGUUGACCAACGUCUUUAGCCAUGCGGGGAUUCUGAAGCUCGGAUUCGGGCUGCCGCAUGAUCUUCAACGCUUGGCUGCGUCCUACCCGCACUUGGAGUGCUUCAGAUGUCUUAAGGGCGCUGUCGAUGUUCAAGAGGCCUUCAUGACACUACGACGCGAGAAAGGACAAGCCACAGGCCUGUCAGCCCUGUGCUUGGAGCACUUUGGAUCUCCAUUGAGCAAACGCCUGCAAACCAGUGAUUGGGGAGCUCGACCUUUGUCAAGAGACCAAUUGCUCUAUGCUGCGCUGGAUGCCUUUUGCUUGCUGGGCCUCGCCCGAAAGCUUCCGGCUGAAGUGCUUCAAGUGCAGAAACUACAGGUUGGGUCAGUUGGAGGAAAGCUUCAAGUGACUCAAGUGACGAGCACGGCUGAUGCGAAGGCAGAUGGAGAGGAGCUGGCUCAACUGGAUGCAGACAUUAGCUGCAAGGGUGCAGAGAUCCGUAACAUGAAGGCAGCAAAGGUGGCCAAAGCAGAGUGGCAGGCCGAGGUGCAGGUCCUCUUGCAGCUCAAAGCCCAAUACCGAGAAUUGGCUGGCGUUGAUUGGGUGCCGAUCAAAGAACCUGUCCCCGCAUGA